UGGCAGCAGUUUUGAACCAAUCACAGCGGGUCUGAGCUCAUCACCUGUCUCGGUACUUCCUCCUGCGUGUCUCGUGCAGCGGUUCUCUGACGUGGCAGGUUCGCGUGGACAGGUGACCCGGAAGUCCUUCUCCUCGGCACCAAACAAGAGAGGAUGUUCUGUUAGCUUAGCUCGGUUAGCCUGGGUCACCGAGUCGGGAAGUCGCGGUACCGUUUGUUGACAGCCGAACCAGCCGAACCGGCCGGAAACGAUGCGGAGUUUCCGACGUGUGCACGUGACCGUGAACGCACCAGGAGCGAUCAGCUGUUAGUUUGAACCGAUGCUAGUUAGCUUAGCUCGCGUUACCGAGGCCAGCUGCCGUUACCGUCUCCGUUCAACCGAACACAUCGACGGUUUUUACCCCAGCACACUGCAGCCGGUCCGGGGCAUGUGACUGAACCCGACCAGCACCACAGAAAGCCCGCGUGUGUCCGUGAGUUCGGUUCGGAUUCGCCUGCAGAGAGAAACAUGGACGACUUCAGCUCCAUCAGCCUGCUGUCCGUGGCCAUGCUGGUCGGGUGUUAUGUGGCAGGAACGAUUCCUCUGGCCGUCAACUUCUCUGAGGAGAAGCUGAAGCUGAUCACGGUGCUGGGAGCCGGGCUGCUGUGUGGGACCGCGCUGGCUGUGAUCAUCCCUGAAGGAGUCCACGCACUGUACGAGGAAAUCCUGGAAGGCGGACACCACAGCCACGGCCAGGCCGGUGUCGUGGAAGUGUCCGAGUCGAAGGGUGAAGCAGAAUCGGUUCUGACCGCCGGCGGGAAACACGAGCACAGUCACGAGCAGCUUCACGCCUGCAUCGGCGUGUCUCUGGUGCUGGGCUUCGUCUUCAUGCUGCUGGUGGACCAGAUAGGCAGUUCUCAUGUGCACAGCACUGAAGAUCCAGAGUCGGCACGAGUCGCCUCCUCCAAAAUCACCACCACCCUGGGCCUCGUCGUCCACGCUGCAGCUGACGGCGUGGCUCUGGGAGCUGCUGCCUCCACGUCUCAGACCAGCGUUCAGCUCAUUGUGUUUGUAGCCAUCAUGCUGCAUAAGGCUCCGGCGGCGUUCGGCCUGGUAUCGUUCCUGAUGCACGCCGGGCUCGAGAGGAACCGCAUCCGCAAACAUCUCCUCGUCUUUGCCUUGGCAGCGCCCGUCCUCGCCAUGCUCACCUUUUUAGGCCUCAGUCAGAGCAGCAAGGAGGCCCUGUCAGACAUCAACGCCACUGGCGUCGCCAUGCUCUUCUCUGCCGGAACCUUCCUUUACGUGGCCACCGUCCACGUCCUCCCUGAGGUGGGAGGCGGCGGCCACAGCCACGCUCCCUCCGGAGGCAACGGAGGCAAAGGACUGAGCAAGGUGGAGGUGGUGGCUCUGGUGCUGGGCUGCCUCAUUCCUCUGGUGCUGUCCGUCGGUCACCACCAUUAGACCCCGGAGCUCAGGACGGAUUUCAGACGGGUGUACAGAGGGGAAACGGAGAACUUCAAACGUUGCGGAUCUAAAUGUCUUAUUGUUCGUCGUCUGCUGAUGGACCUCGUGGACCAGAAUGGCGCUCGUUGCGAGGACGUCUUGUGACUCAAAACUGACCCUGAAACAGGAAACAAAUGAAUGUCAGGGAAGUCGGAGUCUGCAGAGACAACGGAGGCACGCAACGAUCUUUUUUUUUUUUUUUUUACAGACACUAACGACGAAACUUCUCACAGCUACUGUUCGUGUUCAUUUGUUCCAUCUUUGAAGAGCCACAGGUGGAACUUCAUCACCGAUCCAGAAGUCAAAGAACCGACCCUGAUUUCAUUCGUCAUGUUUUACUAGACGGCUGUUGCACAGGGAGAUUUAGAUGGUCUUGAUUUCAGCCUGUGGUAUCAAGAAAGAAAACUAUAUAUAUAUUGUACAGUGUAAAUGCAACAAUCCAGAUUGAUUCGAACUGAAGUGCCAUAUUAGCAACAUGAAGAGACGUUUUUUAACCCGGUCUCUGUCGAUGACGCAGGAUGAGAGACGAGCUCGAAUUAACCAGCCGGAGGCUCGUAACACGUUUUUGUCUUUGUCUUGAAAAAUCAGCUAUGACGAGCGGCUUCACGGCUCCGCGACCUGUCCUACGACGAGUUCUCAUGGCGUGUCUGUCCUGUAUAAACCCGCACGCACAGGUUCACAGACCAGCCUCAUGUGUCACCACACCAACUGUCACUUUUAUUUGAUCUGUUUCGCUUCUGGAUGUUUAUUUCUGUUUUACAUGGAGAGUCAUUCUAAAUAGAGAUGUGGGGGGAUGUACAGAACUGUCUUAAGUGAUUGUUUAGUUUGUUAUUAAGCUUCGUCAGAGGUGGAGGGUCUUUACAGCAGCUCCAGCAUUAACUGUACCACAUGUUUAGGGACCAUCGGGUGAUAAUCGCAGAUCCUGUAAGAUUUCAAACAAACCUGCUUUUAGUCUUUUAGUUGGUUCGUCCCUCGUUAAUGAGCAAUAAUCACACGAGAAAUGAAGAGUCUGAAACGGGCACAGAGGAUUCACCUUCAUCUUUAACGCUUGUUUUCAGAUUCACGUAUCAAAGUCUGUCACCUCCCGUCCCAACACGCCUCGCGUCUGUCAAAGGUCGACGUGUUACGACCUCUCCUCUGUCAGGAUACAUGGAUACUGUUACUGUGUCACUGUGCCUGCUCACAGCAGAGCUCAUGUAUAUGUAUGUAUGUAUGUGUGUAUGUGUGCUGUACAGAGGAACUCCUUCCUACCACAAUCAUCAUGAUCUCUGUGUGAGUUGGGACUGCACACUCACACACUUGUUUUAUUUGAUUGGAGGUUUUGGACUCUACAGACUGUUUUAUGUAUAAAUUGAACAGUUUUACACACGAAACUCGUCGAUUCAUUCAAAGUUUAAAUGAUGAGAAGAAACCCACCGCGAUGCUUUUUCAGGCGUCCUUGUGUGACUGCGAGAGAAAGUGGACGGUUCGCAUGCAGACCAGCAGCUGCAUGGACAUUUUAUUUUCUGUGUGUGUGCAAAAAGGGAAAAACCUGCUGCGUGCUUCACGCCUGGAGGACAGCCCCAUUAUGUGCCAUUCAUCUUUCUAAACAUGGUUCAGCUGUUGAAUCAACGUGUUUAAGGCCACAACUGAAUAUUUUCAUUAUCCCAGAAUCCAAGGUGACGUCUUGAAAUGUUUUGCUUUGUCCAAAACUCCAAACUUUAUCAUUUCACUGUCAUAGAAGAACCUAGAAAACCUUUUUUUGUGUGUUUUGUUCAUGAUUUAUCAAACCGCCUCAGAAAACACGGUUUAAAAUACGAUUAAAGUCUCUAAGAUGAAAUAUUCACGUCAAAAUCAAAAGUUAAAGUUGCUUUAGCGUUUUAAAAACUCACCUGACGUUCUUCGUCAGGACUCUGUGGGUGUGUUUGACCAGAUCUAACCAACUGUUAUUAAAAUAAGCAAACAAGGCGCAAAAAAAAUGCAUGAUUGGUUUAUGGAAGUAACAUGACGGCUGCCCACAUCAAACCAGUGAAAAGAAAACAAACAUGAAAAAAACUAAAAGUUUCAAACUUUGGCAGAAAAGUUCAUGUAGAAGCAUCGAUCACUGCAAAGAUCUGAGUGAGUAAAUGAAUAUGAAUCAUAAUCAAAAUGUUUGUUUUUGUCUCAUGUCUCUGCAUGGUGAAAACCAAACAUCUCCAAACGCGGUGACUUUGAAUUCUUCAGAUAAGUUGAAGGAUUAAAAGUUCUUUUGUUGUUGAGAGUGUCAGACUGCUCAUGAACAGUGAAGGUGUUAUUAGUUUCUUCUGUCCAUCAUAUGAAGAUCUGCCUUCAGGAUAAUGUGACCACGUUUAAAUGAGAACAGAUCAAGUUGGAUCAUCCAGAGUUUUUUUUUUUUAUUUUGCAUUCGAAACAUUCAGACUCUGGAAGAUUCUCACUUGAUUUGUUGAACUCAGAAGUUUCAUAUUCGCUUCGUCUGUCUCCGUCUGUUACAUUGACGUUAGGACGGGACGUCUGCACAGUUUGGACAGGAGGAAUAAUUCCAGUGAGACGCUUCAGCUGGAUUCAUGCUGCACGGACAGCUGACUGUUUUUGGAGAUCCGUGGUUUUCACAGGAGAGAGACAGAAACGAUGUUAGUGUUCGAACCUGUUUCCUGAUGUUAACGUUGUUUUUAUUAAAUGAAUAUGAAGCUUCAGCAGUUAAAAUGCUGCACUCUGAUUGGCUGAUAACCUUUAACAUUGACUCUCACAGAUUGAUCACACGUGCACAGAUUACAAAUGAAAACACCAGAAUCCCUUUAAACCGCCACAUGUCUGCGGGAGGAGAUGACGGCACAUGUUGGGGCUGAGUGGACGUUUCAGUUCGGAUCCGUUUGGAUCGGUUCUAGGGUCGGGUUCAUAUUUGUAGUUUCAGUGGGGUUAGGUGUCUUUUUUUCUAUUUCUAUUGUUUCCUGUCAUUCCAGAAUGAGUCUGCCUUAUUUCCAAACUCUUUGAUUGUGAACAUUGGUUGUAAAGCGACGUGUUUUAUGACGACUAAAUUAAAGUUUUUUUAACUGGU